GAAGAGAAGAAAGAGGAAGAAACGGAUGUCCAAAAAAGAAAAAGAGAAGAGAGAGAGAGAGAGAAAGAAGCCCAAAUCCCAAUUCCCCAUCUCACUCCACUACAUUACUUGAGCUUACGCUUGCUCUUCUACCUCCUCCUCCAUCCGCAGAUCGAUCGAUCGAUUCGCUGCGCGCGGAUCGGCGAUGGAGCAGAAGCAGCAGCAGGAGCAGCAGGCGGAAGCGCCGCCGCCGGGGCUGGGUCUGACGGCGGCGGAGUACACGCAGCUGCGGCCGACGGUGGAGGCGCACCACCGGUACGCCGUGGGGCCGGGCCAAUGCUCCUCCCUCCUGGCGCAGCGCAUCCACGCGCCGGCCGCCGCCGUCUGGGCCGUCGUCCGCCGCUUCGACUGCCCCCAGGUGUACAAGCACUUCAUCCGCAGCUGCGUCCUCCGCCCCGACCCGGACUCCGGCUCCGACGACCUCCGCCCCGGCCGCCUCCGCGAGGUCAGCGUCAUCUCCGGCCUCCCCGCCAGCACCAGCACCGAGCGCCUCGACCUCCUCGACGACGCCCGCAGGGUCUUCGGCUUCACCAUCACCGGCGGCGAGCACCGCCUCCGCAACUACCGCUCCGUCACCACCGUCUCCGACCUCUCCGACGACCAGAUCUGCACCACCGUCGUCCUCGAGUCCUACAUCGUCGACGUCCCCGAGGGCAACACCGAGGAGGACACCCGCCUCUUCGCCGACACCGUCAUCAGGCUCAAUCUCCAGAAGCUCAAGUCCGUCUCCGAGGCCAACGCCGCCGCCGCCGCCGCCGCUCCUCCUCCUCCGGCCGCCGAAUAGCAGCGGCGACCCCCAAAAAGUUUUGGACCUUUCUGCAAUUUCGCUUCUUUUGGAGGGGGCCGCUUCGAAUUUGCUCUCUGUGCUGAAGUUGAAGGUGAUUAGUUGAUGGAUUAGCUUCAAAUAUUUCUCAUUCCUGGGGUGCUGCCUGUAAUAAUGUCCUCAUCUUUGUCUCCCCCUUGCCUUUCUUUCUCCCUUUGCUUUCCAUUUUUACCUUCCUUUGUCUGUGUCACUUCCUGAUUGGAAUCCAAAUUUGCAUUUCGGUGGUUCAUGCAUUUCAAUUUGGUCCUCAUUCAUAUUCAUUUUUAUUUAAUCCACCUAACAGUUCAUUAAUGAUAAUCUUUUGAUUUGU